AUGGCUUCGUGCACUGCGAUCGAGGAGUCAAGAGAUUAUGACAAGCGUGACCAAGGAAGCGCCAGAAAUGCAUCCCUGUCAACACUUGAUCUGACGACAGCAUUCUUCUCUGAUCCAGUACCGGACCUGCAAGCAUAUCAAGUCCCAGAUCCGGUCUCGAGAUGUCCUGCCGCAGGAUCCUUGGCACCAGGGAGGAGUGCAAGGCUUUUUAAAGGCGGCGGCAAACACUGGGAACAGGAGCCGGACAAGUAUGUGAUGAAGAAAUGCUACUGUCCCGGCUUCGACAACGAUUCCCAAUUCAAAGUCUUCACAUCCGAGACUCCGAUCCUGAUAGCGCACCUCCGCCCAUCGGAGCAGAAUGUCGCAUACGACGCCAUACUGUCCGGAGCACCCGCACACAAGAUUCCCUCAUACUAUUUCUUACACCUGUCCCGACUCGCCAACAUCCGCCAGGCUAUCGCCAGCAAGACAACAAGCUGCCAACGGGAAAUAGAGAAUCUACGCCGAGCGAGUGUUGCAGAGCGGAGCACGGAGUCGUUGAAGACUGAAUGCGUUGAUGGCGAGAAAGUGGACGAGGCGUUCCGUGCCUAUAAGAGGGCUAUCGAGGAGAAGCAGAAAGUAAAGGCGUGUGAGAGGGGGGUGAUGAGGUUGCUGGAGCGGUGCGAGAAUAUUCUCAAAGGGGGGGCUGGCUUUGAGCCAGUACGUUGGCGGAGGAGUGGGGGAGGGGGGUGA